AUGUUGUCUGGCUCGAGGUCAUGGAGGAGGAGAGUUCUGAGUUCAACUCUUUCACUGAAAGUUUCCAAUGGAAAUUUACCCUCUAACACCAAAAUGAUUCUCGGACCAGGCUUCAUUCCCCCCACCCAACUUUUGCUAUUUCUUUCUCACCAUCUUCAUAUCUUGCAUGCCCCCAUGCUCAUAGCUUUGUUUUCAUGUGUACGACAUGAUGCAUCCAAUUAUAUCCUCUACUGUUAUUCAGUCAGCCCCAUGCCACAGCAUAAAAAAAGAAGAAUUUUGAACGUUGCUUUUGGAAUUCACAAAGAAUAUUUUAAAAAUCAGAAAAGAUCUCAUUGCACAGUGGUAAAAAUAGUAAAGUACAAGGAUUUCAAGAAAUGA